CGGGAUCUAGCGAAACGCAAAUAGCGUGAACCAGCUGUGUAGUACUUUUUGCAUCUCUGCGCUCUCGUUGGCUGCAUCCUCUGUCAAUAACAAUGAGCUCGUUUCAGGAAUGGUGGUAUCACUCGUAACAGCUGUACGGGUUGUCAGUGCUGGUGUUUAGUGAUUUAAGCUAUCACAAACAGAGGACUGGCGAAUUAAUCCAAACAUGUACGGUUUUGUGAACCAUGCACUAGAACUUCUGGUGCUGAGAAAUUAUGGUCCAGAUGUGUGGGAGGACAUCAAGAGAGAGGCUCAGGUUGAUGUGGAAGGACAGUUUUUGGUCAGAAUUAUCUAUGAAGAUGCCAAAACAUAUGACCUUGUUGCUGCUGCAAGCAAAGUACUAAAAAUGGAUGCCGGAGGCAUCUUGCAAAUGUUCGGGAAAAUGUUUUUUGAGUUCUGUCAGGAAUCUGGCUAUGACACUAUCCUUCGAGUGUUGGGCUCCAAUGUCCGUGAAUUCUUACAAAAUUUGGACGCAUUGCAUGACCAUCUGGGCACCAUCUACCCUGGCAUGCGCGCACCCUCCUUCCGCUGCACGGAUGCAGAGAAAGGGAACAACCUCAUUUUACACUAUUACUCUGAGAGAGAAGGUCUUCAGGACAUCGUCAUAGGGAUCAUCAAGACAGUUGCACAGCAGAUUCAUGGAACUGAGAUUGAGAUGAAGGUCAUUCAGCCGAAGAGUGAAGAAUGUGAUCACAUUAAGUUCUUGAUUGAGGAGAAGGACUCGGAGGAGGAGGCGUUUUAUGAAGACCUGGAUGGUUUUGAGGAGAAUGGGACUCAAGAGACACGGAUCAGUCCGUAUACCUUCUGCAAGGCUUUCCCCUUCCACCUGAUGUUUGACAAGGACCUCAUGCUCACACAAUGUGGCAAUGCCAUCUUCAGAGUUCUGCCACAGCUGCAACCUGGCGUCUGUAACCUGUCCUCAGUGUUCUCGCUGGUGCGGCCACACAUAGACUUCAGUUUCCAUGGCAUCCUGUCUCACAUCAACACUGUCUUUGUGCUGCGGAGUAAGGAGGGCCUAUUGAAUGUAGAGACUGCGGAGAGUGAAGACGAACUCACAGGAACAGAGAUUAGCUGCCUGAGACUGAAGGGCCAGAUGAUCUCACUUCCUGAGACUGAGAACAUCCUUUUCCUGUGCUCACCAAGUGUUAUGAAUCUGGAUGACCUGACAAGGAGAGGUCUGUACCUAAGUGACAUUCCUCUUCAUGAUGCCACCCGGGACCUUGUAUUACUGGGGGAGCAGUUUCGUGAGGAGUACAAGUUGACCCAGGAGCUGGAGAUCCUGACUGACCGUCUGCAGCACACGCUUCGAGCCCUGGAGGAUGAGAAAAAGAAGACAGACAGGUUGCUGUAUUCGGUUCUUCCUCCGUCUGUAGCCAAUGAGCUUCGGCAUAAGCGGCCCGUGCCUGCUAAACGAUACGACAAUGUGACAAUUCUUUUCAGUGGCAUUGUUGGGUUCAAUGCAUUCUGCAGCAAACAUGCAUCAGCAGAGGGAGCCAUUAAAAUUGUCAAUCUGCUCAAUGACAUCUACACUAGAUUUGACAUUCUCACUGAUUCUCGGAAGAAUCCUUAUGUUUAUAAGGUGGAGACAGUUGGUGAUAAGUACAUGACUGUGAGUGGUCUUCCGGAGCCCUGCACCCACCAUGCAAAAUCCAUCUGUCAUCUGGCCCUGGACAUGAUGGAGAUCGCUGGACAGGUGAAAGUAGACAAGGAUCCUGUGCAGAUCACCAUUGGAAUCCACACAGGAGAGGUGGUCACAGGAGUCAUAGGUCAAAGAAUGCCCCGUUACUGCCUGUUUGGAAACACAGUCAACCUAACAAGUCGUACAGAGACCACAGGAGAGAAAGGAAAGAUAAAUGUGUCGGAGUACACAUACAGGUGUUUGCAGUCAGUGGAAAACGCUGAUCCGCAGUUUCAUUUGGAGUACAGGGGACCUGUAACCAUGAAAGGAAAAAAAGAACCAAUGAAAGUGUGGUUUCUCUCACGCAAGAACUAACAGACGCGCCAUAGAGCCGCAGCAGUGCAAUUUUUAUUGUGUUCUGAGCUAAUGUGUGUUCUUUCUGAAAUCUAUGAAUAGGAGCAUACUUUGCUUUCUUCAUCAAGAUCAUUUUAUUCUUCCCCUCUCAAAUUAAGUAUGUUCUUAGUGACCCCUGCAUUUCAAGUGCCAGUUAUCUCUGAUUCACAGAUAAUGACAAAAUAGGGGGGAAAGGGUAUUACAGCUAAAGGUAAACAGAGCUCUACACAUUUAACGUAGAAAUAUGGAAAUGACUGUCCAUUUGAUAUUAAUCAUACUAUUCGAGUGCCAGCUUUUGAUUAGAUUUAAUACAGAAACAGAACAUCAGAAUAAAUCAAACUGAACAUGGUACAAAUACACUAUGCAACGUGCAGAAAUGCUCAUCAAGUGUUUGUUUUCAUCUUGGCUUAUUUAUAGUAAAGAAUGUGACAGUAUUUAGAUCGCUACCAAGUCCAGAAUUUUUUUUCAUCACUGAGCAAAACAAGUUGCUUUCGCUUUGUAUUAAGUCCUGUAUGUCUGAGUGUUGAUAUUUAAUAUUAAGAACACUACAACUUAGAAAUACCUUUAACAUUUGUUGUUGUUGUUAUAAUUGCACACAUUAAUUAAGAAAUAAACCAGCUGUGUUCAGAAUCACAGCACAUUUUGUUACUGUACCAAUGUAUUAUAUUGGAAACACUCAGUUUAAUUAAAUUUGCUAGACUGCAUUUAUUUUUCAUGUAUCAGAGGAUAAUGUGCAUGCUGUAAAUAAUAAAAAUGCCUGCACAUUGAAAUCAUAUUUACAGUCUCACAUUGCAUCAGAGAAGUUGCCAAACCUGUACAUAUGAGCUAUUUUAUGAUCACAAUUUACAAUACAUUUACACUAAUGUUCUUGUGUAACUGUGAGUAGUUAUUGCAUCAAUGAAUAGACUCUAAACAAGUUUCUAAGUGAUAUUAAUUAUUUAAAAAGUGGAUAUAUUUCAUUGGCGUGAGAGUUUGUAUUCAUGGAAUGUCACAGAUAGAUCUUUUUAUCUGAAACCUAUCAUGUCACAUGCUUUUAUGUACACCUCUGUUUGCAGCAUAUAUAAGUCUUGUAUUAAAAUAUUAUUUAAAAGA